CUCCGUGCUAGAAGGAGACAGAGCAGGCAGCAUUCACCUCUACACUCGAGGAACAUUUUACGUUACAUGCCCUAUUUAAUUUCAAACUUUUCCAAGUGAAGCUAACGUUUUUCUUUGGGUUGGCUUAUUCAGUGCAUUCCCAUACCGGGUUGGAGGUCGAUACAUACAGGAAUAUGCUCAGGAAUACAAAAGUUUUUCUUAAGAACUGAAAGGAUUUUUUCACUGAGCCAAACCUCUUUUUUCCUCAAACUUUUUUUUUUUUUUUUUUUUUUUUUUUUAAAUAACUUCGUAUUGGCUCGUAUUCGGUGUGGAUAUGGCUUGGAUUAGAUGGGGCCUCUUACUUUCCUUCGGUUUAUUUCUCUCCCCGGUAUGUGUGUCAGCGGAGCAGCAGCAGAGCCAGAGCGGCUUCAGGAGGCUGUACGUGCUCCAGCCCGGGCCGGGGCCGGGGCCGGGGCCGGGGCCGGCGGGAGCGGACGGCGGGGUGAGAGUCAGCUCCAUCUCGACGCGUCACGGCUCGGCGGGGCAGCCGCACACGUAUAACGUGGAGCUCACCGCCAACUUCGGCGGCCAGGUCCGGACCCGCAGGAUGGGGAACCAAGCGGCUUCAGCCCCGCAGUUCAGUCAGCAGCAGAGCGGACAGGAGCAGAAGCAGCUGAUGAAGCUGUCUGGCGUGAAUGUCUGUGGAGGGCAGUGCUGUCAUGGAUGGAGUAAAGCUCAGGGAUCGCAGCGGUGCACAAAGCCCAACUGCUUCCCUCAAUGCCAGAACGGAGGAAUGUGCCUCAGGCCUCAGCUCUGUGUCUGCAAGCCUGGCUCAAAUGGGAAGGCAUGCGAACAGAAGACGGUGCCCACACACCCCUUUCCAGCACUGCCUGGGAACGGACCCACCAACGGCCACACCACUGGUCACACGAAUGGACACAAUGUGGUACCCCAGCGGCCCAUACCUCAGCAAGUGCCUCCUAAUGGUUAUGCCUCUGCCCCCCCUCCGGCUAACAACAUGGGCCAGAUGAAACUAACUGUCAAGCCGGCCCCCCAGCUCGUACGACCACAUUACAUCCAACAGCACAUCCAACAGCAGAUCCGGCCCAUGCCCAUGCACCCAGGUCAGAGCCAGCAGUAUGUUAUAAAGCCAAAAUACUACCACACACACACCACGCACACACAGACGCACAUCCAGUCCCAACCUGAGAGGCCAAUCCCCCUGACAGUGGGACACAACCCCAUCAAUGUGGGCAACCAUACAGGAAGGAUCAAGGUGGUCUUCACACCCACCAUCUGCAAAUUAACCUGUAUAGGAGGCAGAUGUCACAACAACUGCGAGCUAGGAAACACCACCACCAUCAUCAGUGAGAAUGGCCAUGCGACAGACACCCUGACAGCACCCAACUUCAGAGUAGUGGUGUGUCACCUGCCAUGUAUAAAUGGUGGCAAGUGCAGCGCCAGGGACAAGUGCCAGUGCCCCCCCAACUUUACUGGAAAGUUCUGCCAGAUGCCGGUUCAGAGCGGACACCAGCAGCACCAGCAGACAGCAGGCGGCUACAGUCAAACUCAGGUCCACUCCACACACACUCUGCCUCUGACCUACAGCAACGGCCAGAGUCCUGUGUUCAGCCCAAGCAUUGUCAACAUCCAUAUCAAGCAUCCUCCAGAGGCCUCUGUCCAGGUCCACCAGGUGUCUCAGCUGGACAACUACCACAAUAAUGGACACAAGAUGAAAGGUUCCCAGUCCCGCUCCUCUUCAUCCACCAGUUACACCUAUCACCACACAGAGAGCAGUCAGAAGAUCCAGCAUCAUGGCUACAACAUAGUCUAUCCCGGCCAGCAUGGCUACCAGGUUCCCCCGUACCAGCCCGUCACUUCCAAGAGCACGCUGGGACGCUGCUUCCAGGAGACCGCAGGGAGUCAGUGUGGGAAGGCUCUGCCAGGUCUCACAAAGCAGGAGCAGUGCUGUGGGACCAUUGGGACAUCCUGGGGUUUCCACAAAUGCCAGAAGUGUCCAAAGAAACCAUCUAUACCUCUGACAGAUUGUCCCCCGGGUUAUAAGAGAAUCAACAGCUCUCAUUGCCAAGAUUUGGAUGAGUGCCAGCUACAGGGCGUGUGUCCUAAUGGGAACUGUCUGAACACCGUGGGCAGCUUCAGGUGCAUGUGUAAACCUGGCUAUGUCCCCGACCCCUCGCUCACCACAUGCAUAUCCAACACGCCUGCCAUCCAAGAGGAGAAGGGGGCUUGCUUCCGUUUGGUCAGCUCAGGGAGACAGUGUUUGCACCCAGUGUCUGCCCAGCUGAGCAAACAGCUCUGCUGCUGCAGUGUGGGCAAAGCCUGGGGCCCUCGUUGCGACAAAUGUCCCCCUCCUGGAACAGCUAAGUUCAAAGAGAUCUGUCCUGGUGGAAUGGGCUACACUGUUCUACCAAAUCCACCUGUCAAUAAGCCAGUUUACCAGGAGCCCAUUGAUCCACUACCCCCCCAACCCCUGCCAACGCCAGAGAGACCAGUGGAGGCUUUUGGGAAAGCAGACGAGAUUAUACCAGUAGCAACAACUGCACCAGAUCAGGAGCUGGUAGUUCCUGUGGUUAGUAAUAGGCCAGUAGUUGAACCUAUCCUGCCCCAGCUAUCUCCGGGUGUGUCCACUGUCAAGAUGGAGGCAGCCUACCCAGAGGUUUUUGAGAGGAGCUCUCCUCCUGCCCCAGUGGAGAUCCUCCCAUCUAAUGCAGGCCAGGACAUUGCUCCAACCCAGUCAGCUGAGGUGGAUGAGUGCCAGAUCAACCCUUAUAUUUGUGGCAUGGGGAUUUGUUACAACACAGCGGAGGGCUACACCUGCCACUGUAAUGAGGGAUACCGCCUGGAUGAUUCCCAAACCACCUGUGUAGAUGUAGAUGAGUGUUUGGAAAGCCCAUCUUUGUGCUUUGGCGGUCACUGCAGAAACACAGAGGGCAGUUUCCUGUGUGUGUGUCCACGGGGAUUCCUCGUCGAUGAAGACGGAACCAGUUGUGUGGAUAUCGAUGAAUGUGCAAACAGGACAGUGUGUCCAUCUGGUAUCUGCUUCAAUGUGCCUGGGGGUUACAACUGUGGCUCCUGUCCGCAUGGGUUCUUGGCACAGGGAGGCCAGUGUGUAGAUAUAGAUGAGUGCCAGGAUCAGCGAGUCUGUACCAGAGGCCACUGCCAGAACACCGAGGGCUCCUUUAUCUGUCAGUGUGGGCCCGGCUUCAGAGUGUCGCCGGCUGGAGACCAGUGUGACGAUGUGGAUGAGUGUUUAGAGGAAGCCAGGCCCUGUGAGGCCGUAGGAGAGUGUGUUAACAACAUGGGCUCCUACACCUGUACCUGCCCCAAGGGAUACCGACAGAUCAACGGCACCAGCUGCAGAGAUGUUGAUGAGUGUAUGGAUGAGCCAGAGCUCUGUUCCCCUCACGGGGAGUGUCUCAACACAGAGGGAUCCUAUCUUUGUAUGUGUGAGAGUGGAUUCACUGCCAACCUCGACACGCCCUCCUGUGAUGAUAUUGAUGAGUGUGGACUCAAUGAGACUUUGUGUGGUCCUCAUGGCUUCUGUGAGAACAGACUGGGUUCCUUCAGAUGCCUCUGUGACCAGGGCUACCAGGAGUCCCAGGAUGGCCAAGGCUGUGUGGAUGUGAACGAGUGUGAACUUCUGAGCAGUGUGUGUGGAGAAGCCCAGUGUGUGAACGCUGAUGGUUCCUUCCUCUGCGUGUGUCCCAGUGGCCAGGAGUACAACGUAAUGAUCGCCAAGUGUGAGCCCAUUCCCACAGCAUCAUCAGUGGAGCGUAAGGAGUGCUACUUCCGUCUGAACAAUGAGAACCUGUGUGAGAGUGUGCUGACCAGCCAUGUCACCCUGCAGGAGUGCUGCUGCACACUGGGAGCUGGCUGGGGUGACAACUGUGAGGUUCAUCCCUGUCCUGUCAAUGGCACAGACCAGUUUAACCAGAUGUGUCCAUCAGGAAGAGGUUUUAUCCCCAAUGGAGAUUUGCUGUAUGGAGUAGCUACAUCUGACAGUUACAAAAAUGCAGAUGAAUGUAUACUGUUUGGCCAGGAGGUGUGUAAAGGAGGCUUUUGUCUGGAUACUGUAGGCGGCUACGAGUGUUACUGCAAAACCGGACAGGACUACGACCCUGCCAAACUGGAGUGCAGAGGUCAGAGUGAUGAACAGCAGAAACAAAGACUGUAUAUCAAUGAGUGUCUGGAUGAGUCGGUGUGUGUCGGUGGACAGUGUUUGGACACAGAUGGGUCAUACAUUUGUUUCUGUACACCUCCCAUGUUGUUUGACCCCAACAGUAACCGCUGUGUCAUCAUUCCCGAGAUGACCGAGGAAGAUGAGAUGGAGGAGGGACAUUUCCAGGGUAUCUGCUGGCAGACUGUGACAGAAAGCAAGUCAUGCACCGAGCCGCUGGGUGGCGACAGGAAGACCACAUACACAGAGUGCUGCUGUCUGUACGGGGAGGCGUGGGGCAUGGACUGUGCCCUGUGUCCACCGAGAAACACCGAGGAUUAUGCGGCCAUGUGCAACCUUCCUAUGGGCGGCGGGCGGCGGCCGUACGGUCAUGACGCCCUUGUUGCUGGCCCGAUCCAUGAAUAUGAAGUGAGUCCAGACUAUUCACCAUCACCGGAGCAGCAGGCCAUCCUGCCCUUCUAUGAGAACGAGGAGCAUCCAUACAAGGCAUUUGAGGGUUUGCGAGCAGAGGAGUGUGGGAUACUGAACGGCUGUGAGAACGGUCGGUGUGUGCGGGUUCAGGAGGGUUACACCUGUGACUGCUUUGAUGGAUACACCCUGGACCUGUCCCGCAUGGCCUGCAUUGAUGUGAACGAAUGUUCAGAACUCAACAAUCGCAUGUCACUGUGUAAAAAUGCAAAGUGCAUCAACACAGUGGGCUCCUACCAGUGUGAGUGUUUGCCGGGCUUCACUGCCUCCGACAAACCUAACUACUGUGUGGAGGCAGCAACACACCAAACAUCAACACACACACAGUGAGCAUGGAUGGACACUAGGGGGCGACAAGAGACACUAAAACCACACGCACAAGCUUGUAUUACUAUACUUGUGAGGAUGUUCACUGGCUACAUUCAGUUGUUGCCAAAUCUUCAACACUAACCUUAUCUCCCUGGUUUGGUUACAGCAUCAAACAGCACUCCCAAAUCCCAAAACACUUCACAGCUGAACAUCUGCAGUGACCUGGAGGUACAUUUGGGAUUUGGGGCAGUGUGGUCAAAUGAGGGAGUGUACCUUUAAACGUAAAAAUUUUGGAAAGCCUUCAAUCUGAUUUUAAUCUUUGCCCCAAAUCUAAAUUAAACCUACAAAACCUGAAACAUUGCCUUGAAAUUAAUCUAAUCCUGAUUCUAAUCUUAAUCCCUAAACAUUGAUCCAGCUCCACCCUCAAUCAGUGUGACUCACUUCCUGCAUUCCCCUUCUCUGCUACAUCCCUAUGGAUUGUUCUUAUAGUACUUCUGUUGUAUUAUAUUUGAUAUAUUGUUCUCUUUUUAGUGUUUGUCCAAUGUGGAUAUUUUACAAUAAACUAUUUCUAAAAAAAUAUAUAAAUUACUACCAAUGUUAAGGCCUAUUUAGUAAAGAGCAAGUAAUUUUUUAAUUUCAGAAUAUACUGUAACGUGUUUGUUUGUUUAGCUUGUUAAAGGAAUAGUUCAACAUUUUGGGAAAUACACUCAGUCUCUUUUUUCCAAAGGUGAGAUGAAAAGAUCUACAUCACUGUGUGUUAAAGGGUACUCCACAGUCGUAUUAUAUCCUCUGUGGAUAACCCUGAUGAUGUCAUCAGAGUUAUGAUGACAUCAUCAGAUAACCCUAAUAAUGUCAUAAGGGUUAUCUCAGCUUUGACUUGAGAGUCAAACUUGUUAACAGAAAGCCUGAGCCACAAAAUGAAGGUGUGGAGUUAAGGCAGGUAGGGAGUAUCUAUUGAAAGGUGCUAUUAAUUUGCAUUAUGGGAAAUGUAGGAUCCAGUGUCUUUAGAGGAUACCAGUCAGGACAUCCUCUGCUGCUGCUGCCGCUUCAACCACUUAAAAAAUCUGUCUCUUUCAAGUCUCCCAAUUUCAUGCAAGUGUAACACUAAAUCACUGGAAUAUCCUUUUAAUUUUCUUGCAGAACAACUGUCAGGCACAUCAACUGGAUCAACUGUUUGUUAAAUAGUCCCAGCAUGUAACUCCUCCUAAAAACACAUACUGUCAUUUUUAUAUUUGAUUGUAGCUCUGUAUGUAAUGCACAGACAUUAUUGAUAUCCAUCUUCUCAUCCAAGUCUUGAUAAGAAAGUGAAUAAGCAAAUCUUUUCAGAAUGUUGAACUACACCUUUAUCUUGACAGACCCUAAUUAUUUGUUAGCUUGGAGAAGCAUUCACAGUAACUGUCCCCUGUCACUGCCUCCUCUUACACUAAUGAAGUGUUGAAACAUUAAUUGCCAAACCUAAUGAAGAAAGCGCUUCCUACUGUAUAAGUGUGCUCCAGAUCUAUGGGAGGAGUAGAGCUUUUGCAGGGGGAGCACAUAUGUCCAGGGAAAAAUGCAAAUGAAAGCUAAAUAGACCUUGAUUUUUGAUGUUUUUGUAUACAGUACUAACUACUAUAAUGGUAUACAGUUACAGUAUGUAGUAGUAUGGAUUCAGGAAGAGUCUACAGCCAUGCUAGCAGCUCUGUGAGGCUGUACUUCCACAUACUGUGGCAGCGCUUGAGCU